GUCGAAUUUUGUCUUGACUUAAAAACUUUGUUUGUACUUAAAAACAGUUGGUCACUUGAAAAAGAAGCGCUUGUCUUGUCCAAAGAUGGACUUGGACUUGGAACUGAACCAGACUCCGCCGGCCAAUGAGUUUUUGAGCCAGGCUCAACAGAAUAUUCCUUCUGCCACUGCCGCCUGGGAGGAAUUCAGAGAGCCUGUGCAGUGUUUACUCAAGGCAAUUGAAAUCUCAAAGAAGGAGCCCAGAUACCAUUAUAUCGUAUUCAACGCCUCAGUGCUGUAUCUACAAACAGUGCGGCCACUUCUGCGACCACAGCGCAACCAUCACCUGGUCCCCUCUCUCAGGCAGGUGGUCCGAAGUCUGGAAGAAGUGGGAGAGAAGGAUCUCAUCUGGAGGGCGGAACUCAUGAUGUACCUGAUCGAAUGUCUGGUGGGCUCAGGAAAGAAUGAGGGCGCAAAGACUUUUGCCAGAACUACGGGGGACUUUAUAAAGAAACGAACGCCCGAGCUUUUCCCCAAAUUCUUCACUCUUUUGGUUCAUCACAAACUGUCCGAAAGUGGCGGCCGCACAGAAAUGAGCCGACAGUAUCCUUCAUGUGCUGCCAUUUUAGAAAUGCAGCUGUUCAAGAAUGAAUUGAGAGAAUUGCAUGAGGAUGAAAGUCCCGGGAAGCUGGAUAAAAACAGGCUGGACUUGAUAUUCGAGGUCCUGGUGAGCUGCUGCAAAUCCUCCCCUGCGAGCAGAGUCACUCUUCUCCUGGAGUUGGCUUGGCUGGCCCUGCGUUUGAAGCACCAGAACGUAGCUAUUAAGUGCUUUAAAGAACUCAAGUCAGCUGGAGAUGCCACGACUGGUCAGUGCAUUUUAAUCGAGUGUGCCAGCUGUCAAAUCAAGCUUCUGAAAAAAGGGAUCAAGAUGAAUGACCUUUCCAAAUCCAGUGUGGCGGCCCGUCUGAAGGAGAUAGGGAAGUUGGAUCACUUGCUGCAGACUGCGGUGAUAGAAGGGGAAGCGGCAGCCACGCAGGCUGUGUGCGCAACACAGUGGAGGUUCUGUAUUCCUCUUCUGCAUCACAACCUCAGGAGACAUGUCAAGCAGCCUCUGGUACGAGUGGCCAAAUCCAUGGAGGACAUACAAAGUAUGCUUUUAGAAGUGCGCUGUCAGAUACACUUGGAGCUUGCAAGGAUCGAAGAUGAGGAGGGGCACCUGGAGGCCGCUUUAACGCACCUUCAAAAAGCAAAGGAGCUAGAUGACGGGGCGCAGGAAGAUUGCCUGGCCUCGGCUUUGCGCCUCCUGCAGCUCAGAGCGGCCCUCUACGAGACGCCUGCAAGGACCGAGGACAAAGCCUCCAAGCUUCUGCAGCAGGUCAAAGACGUGCAGGAGAAUACAGAUAUCCGUGCCACUCUCAUAUCUGUAGGGUUGUUACUGGCCCCUGAGGAAUUCCAUUUGGUGCUGAAUGCGGAUAACCCUCCUGAAAUCGAUCCUGACACAUCCAGACCUGCAGGCGAGCUCUCAGCGAAGGCUGAGCAUCACCGAACAGGUGUAAAGGAAGUUGACGGACACCUGGCCAGACAAGAGGCGGGCACUGACCACAGAGAGAGAAUGGAAUUAUGGGCCACACUCGCAAAGACAGCCAGAAAAAGGAAAGUCUGGGACGUGUGUCGAGCGGCCUGCCGAUUUUGUUUGCUGUAUGACGAUGGCAGAUGGAAAAUGUCUGACGCCGACGGGGCCAAAGGAACUCGAAGAAUGAUGACAACCUUGCGCCUUUUGGCCGAUAUUUGCUGCGUCAAUGCAGAGGUCACCAUCGAAAAGCUGCAUGCAGAAGACGUGCAGUUCAACUGUCCGCCUGAUCCUCACAAGAAAAAGGGAAUUUGCAUCACAGACAAGGAUCCAGACUGGAUUAUUUACAGAGAUUGGAUCCAGUCUCUGUCUACCUAUGCCAUUGCCAACUUUCUGCGUGCAGCGCAGCUUGGUGAAGAGAGCCAACAGCCUUGGCUAGUAGCAAAUACAGCAGUUUAUCUGUGGAACUACAGCAGGCACUUGCUGGCGGCCGAAGAAUACGUGCACCUUCUUCCCACUUUCCACACCCUGCUGGAUUUCCAGAAGAAGAAAGACUCUACCGGGAGCAAGACGCUGCUGGUGCUCCUGUGUGAAGCAGUGGCCCGAGGGCUGCUCCUAUCUCUAAAAGAAACAGAGAUCAUCUUGGAACAACAGCCCCCUCCAAGUGACAAGGGGAAAGCCAAGGCUGAGAAGGGAAAUGACAAGUCUGCAAGCGUCGUACGGGGGACCCCGAGCUCAUCAGCCAUGCAGGAUGCCCGCAAAGCUCAAGAGAUGUGUGAGUUUGCCUUUCGUAUAUCAAACUGCAACAAUAAGGCCAAAACUGUCCCCAUCGCCGUGAGGAAGAAGGUUGUGGCCACUUGGGUGCGGCUCAAGAGGCUUCUACAACAACCUAUCAGCUCCAAACUGGACCCGGAUGAUGAGUGUCAGAACGCACAAGUGUCGGCGAUGACGAGUGUGCUGGUUGGAGUGGAAAUGCUUCAGUGCAAUAGGAGCCCACGGCAUAUGGAGUUCACCAUCCCCAGUCUCGCCACACUGGUCAACAUGGGGUCUGAUUGUAAGUGGACAGAUGCUGUUGUGGAGAUGAACGUCUGGUGCCAGCUGGCUGCUUUCUGCUACGAUGCCCACGACCACGACUUGGUGUUGCGCUGCACCGCACAGGCUCUGGAGCUGAAAGAAGCAGCGGAGAAGAGCCACAACAACAUGCCCUUGUUCUUGUAUGGGCUGCCGGCGGUAAAUGAGAUGCUCAGCAGUUCAGCCUGUUUGCAAGGUCUGAGUUUAGCCCACAAGUCUUAUGGGAAUGUGUACAAAUACAAGGAGGCUUUGGAAUCGCUUUUGUCCGCAGUCAGCUAUUCAGAGAAGGCUGAGAAUCCUGCGCUGUGUGUGUCUGUUGUAAAGCACUACUGGAACACUUGCCUGCCCCUGACAAACACCCCCGCCGAAAGACGAGCGCUUAAAGAGCCUCUGCAGAAAAUCCUGGUGGCGCUCACCUAUACUUUUCAUAAGCAUGGAAAAAAACAGGUGAAAAGUGAGCCAACAUCCCCUGCGAGUUCUGAUGUCUUAAAUGAAGACGAACUCAUCUUGAAAAUGGCCAUCUAUGAUCUGCUGCUCAUCAUCUACAUGGAUAAUGGAGACUGCAGAGGUGCGCUGCAGAUGCUGGACAAAGCAAUUCGAGCCAUGCCCAACAUCAAACACAAGAUACAUCUGCUCAAGCAUCGCAUCCAGUUGAAAGCACGACUUGGAGAGAAUGUGAUGUCUGACAUGCAGAGCCUGAAAGAAGAAGGGAACGAGUUCUCCUCCCUCAUGUGGCACCGAGUUGCGCUGCGCUCAAACAACCUGACCCAACAGCUCUACAGCUACCAGAAAUCCCUCACCACUCUUCAGGGUGAAGACACCUCUUGGCAAAAGGUUGAUCUCCUCCUGGAGUUCGCUCAGUGGCUGUACUUCCACAACUUCCCCAAAUCUGAUGCGGAACACCUUGUCCAGUGGGCCAUCGACAUUCUGCUGCACAUCGAAAAGAAAGAUUCGGAAGGGGGAAGCAGUUAUUUUGAUAGAAACACAAAGAAAAGUUCUAAAAGCUCCAUAAAGUGUGAGCUGCUGGAGAAACUCCCGGAGUGUUCCUUCGCUCAAAGUCUGUCGUCUCUGAGCGACGUGCGGCGUCUGGACCGGCUGGUGCAGGCGCACACGCUUCUCGCCAUCAUCGCCGGCAGGACCUGUCCGAACUACCAGCAUAACCUGCUGAGAGCCUACACCUGUGUCCUUCUCAUAUGGAAGAUCUCCUUGAGAGUGGCUCCUGAGCUCUAUGUAGAGCUAGACAAGUCAAGAGUGCCAACACCGCCACCUUCUGUUCAAUCUAAGAAAGGCAAGGAAAAGAGCAAAGGCAAGAAAGCGAAGGAGCAACCUCAAGUUGAGGAGAAACCUAAAGUACUCACUAUGGACGACAAGCUUCCUUCUACCGCCGAGGAUUGGGUUAAGUUCACCUGUCCUGAGCUGGCUAGGCAGGUGUUCAGAACCAACGACAACCCAAACUGCCUCAACGUGCAUACCAUAACAAAGCAGGAACAGACCUUGUUUUAUCUCCGCCUCCUGGAGAAGCAGCUCCUGUCGCUGUCGCUCAACCAGCUCGCGCUGCCUGUCCUGCAUCUGGCUGAGACGAUCGCUUAUGACCUCUUGGACCGACGGGGUAUUGCUCACCUCUGUCGACUCCGGAUAUUAAAAACAUGCUGCCAGCUCGGGAUGGAGACCAGUUCUCCUUACCACAAAGAGUUGCUGAAUCUUUGUCGCAUCAAUGAGCAGGAGCAUAUGAGGUGCCAGAGAGUCAUCGCUCUGUCAAGAAAGAAAAGGUUUCACCUGGAUUCGACCAACCAGGUAGCAGAAAUUAAUCGGAAGAUCGCCACUCAGCAGCGGACGAUGGAUGUGAGCAGUCAGGAUAUCUGGCUGGACAAAGCCCAUGUUUGCCUCGGCAUGGGGCUCCAUGAACCCGCCAGGCAGCUUCUUGUGGAGGCUCAGCUGGUGGCAUCUGAACUUGGGGACCAUAUCGCCAUGGCAAGAAGCUUAUUAGACCUUGCAUCUCUGAAUUGUGAAGAAGGAAACCACGCCCAGGCGCUUCUCCUCCUGGAGAAGGUUGAAGGCCUGUCUGGGGAUGAAGACUUCUGGUACCAGUUCACGCUGACUAAAGUCAGGGAUGUAGUGGGCCAGAGAGACCCAGAGGCCCAGACAAAGACUGAUCUGAUCUUGAAGCGAGGCUGUGAAGCUCUGAGACAGAUUAUUGAGCAGCAAGUCAACCAAGUUCCAAAGCUCAUGUUCCUGAUCACGUCACUAGAGAUGAGGGGUGCCAUUGAGUGUGUUCGCGCCGUGGGUCGGUGUCGCCCUGGAGAAAUUCUCUGCAGCCAGGAUUUGCAAAUGCUGACAGACGCCUGCAACACACUGAACGAGUGCACCUACAGUUUCACUAAACUCAACUACCUGGAGGACGCUGCCAAGAGCAACAAAGAGUGUGCAUAUGUUCUGAGUGUCCUCGCCAGCAGCACAAUUGACACCGAGAAGAGGAAAAGGUAUCUGCUUGACGCACUCUCCUGUCUGAAUUUGGCGGUCCUGGAGCAAGAGCGAGUGGUACUUAAUGCUGAGAGCCUGCUACCUCCUCAGAAAGAGGAUUGUGGACUGUCUCUGCCUGCUUCACGGCGGCUGGUCAACCUGCGAAUGGGUCUAGCGGAGUUUUGCCUUUUGAUGCUGGAGAAUGAGUGUGAAAUUUUAAAACAAAAAACCCUGGAUCGGGAAACGAUGACCUCAGCUGAGAUAACGUUGGAAGACUUCACCCAUGAAACACCAGAGCCAGGCACGCUGGGACAUGAGUGGGUCCGCACAGGCAGUACCACAGGGCAGGUGGCUCUGGGUCAGCUGUCCGCGGUCAGUUCAUGUUCCCUGAACCAUCUAGAGACCAGAGCUCGCUGCCUGAGUUUGAUGGGAAAGAGCAUGCUGCUGAUGGCGGUCAAAGAGGACCCCCUCUUCCUGUCCUCUAUGUGGGAGCGAUGUGUGAAGGGCAGGACCUUGUCUGAACACACUCCUGCAGCGGAGCAGAUACCAGGACAGGAUAGUGACGCCAGCAAGAGUGAUUUAGAGAUGCAAGCAAAAUUGGCCAAACUUCAGCAAAAGCGGAUCAAAGCAGAGCAGCUGUUGGCGCAGGCCAGGCAAGUCUUGGAUGAGUCCAUCACCUUGUGUCUCCAACACAAGCUGCCCGCUUCCAUCCUCACUGACGCGGCUGUGAACAUGCUGGAGUGUUAUGGCCGGUCCAAGCCUGAAACAACGGUUCAGUAUCUCGCCUUAUUUCAGAGCGGCUCUGCUGUGGCGCAGAUGUCUGAGAUUCUAAACUCGGUCUGCACGGACACCAGCGUGUCGGAGCUCUCGGCUCUGCUCAGCCUGCACAGGAAACUGCUCCUCUCUCACGAGGACAGGCCCAACAGCAUGCAGGCGAGAGUGGAGGACUCCCUGAAAACUGUCUCCAAGGCGUUCAGCCAGGUGACCAUCAACCCUUCACACCUAGACCUUCUUGCAGAAUUGCCGCCCAACAUCAACAUCAUCAUGCUUCAACACUCUGCUGAUGGGUCUAGACUUUAUGGUGCAGUGUAUCAGAAGACCUCACCUCCUGAAUGUGUGAAAGAUACGAAGGAUGCAAAAGAUGCCAAGAACGCAAAGCAAGCGGCCGCAGACACUCUGACAUGCUCCAGGGUGGCCAAGGUUUCUGUAUGCCCUGCGGCUCUUCUGGCACUUCUGGAGGAAACUCGUGCCUUCGGCCAGGAGAGGAGACGUGCCCUCCUUAAGGAGACGUGUAGUCACACUGUGGAGAGCAGACCGGAGAACCACGAGAAAGAACUCGGAGACCAAAUCUUGGCGAGUCGCUUCAAGGGGAUUGUGCAGAAAAUGGAAGAAUACCUGAGCCCCAUUAUGAAGAUACUGAGCGACGGCCCGGAUCAAAGACUUUUUGAGAAGCCUAAAGAGGUGCCAGUGCCAGCGCCUGUGCCUGUCCCCGAUGCGUCCAAAACCAAGGAUAAAGAGGAGAAAAUAAGCCUAGAUUUACCACUGGCCGAUCCGGGACGGUUCGUGGUGUUGCUCGCUGACAUGAUGCUGCUGGAGCUGCCGCUGGAAGCUCUAGCCGUGCUGCAGGAGGAUGAUCAUCUGACCUCUGUGUCGCGUGACUUCUGUCUUCAGCUGCUGCACUCGCGGCUCCACACAGAGGAUGUGGAGAGAGUUGAAAGUGUCAACAAAAAGGAGACCAAAGGUGGCAAAAAGGCAAAGGGGAAUCAAAGCCGAACCAUGAAAGAGGCACCUGCCAGUCAAAUACCUUCUCACACCAUCCCAGUGGACACACAGAACUUCAAAUACAUUUUCAACCCCCACAACGGCUGCAAAUUUGAAGGGUCAGCGCUGCGUGAGAAGAUGAAGAAAUUGUCAACAUCUUUGGCAGAAGGUCUAACAGACACCAAGCAAACUCAAGGACUGUCCAAGAUGGUGCAGUGGAUGUGUGAGUGCAGCGGCUUCAUCUACCUUGGCGCUGAGCGCUUGACUGAAAACAUUCUACCUGGCAAACUCGCGGCCCUAAACCUCUCCGAUUGCCGGUUGGCUGUUCUUUUUGACAUGGUCCAGAACAAAGGCAACAUUCUCCAACUGUCAAACCUUGAUGUUCAUGAGAGCGCGUGGCAGCGUGUCUUCGACAAGCCUCUGGAGACCGCGCUCCUGCUGAGUUUGGGCGGCGUCAGGAGUGUCGUGGUGAACCAGUGGCACAGCAGCCUGGAGCAGAGUGUGCACUACAUGACCAGCAUCCUGGAAAGCUUUUUGCGGCUCAAGCAAACAUCAGGGCAGAGUGUCCAUGACCUGAGGAAAGGAGACUCACGGAAGGUUAAAAAUGGUACGAUGCAUCCUCACUGUUGUCAGCUCUUGUUUACGUGUCGGGGUCUAAUACUCCCAGCAUCGGUCUCAUUAUCAAAUCGGUUAAUCCACCAGCAGAUUUAGCGGUUAUAAAAAGUCUAAUCGAAUUCAUUUCUCCAUUCUGUGCAGCUGAAGUGCCCUUGUGUGGCACAGAGGAAGAUAAUCUGGCACCCGCUGCCUUCAACUGUGUUCUUUAUGGACUCCCCAGCUUAAUCGCUACGUCGUAAAAGAAGUGAUUUCCCUCACAGACUUUUUCCCCGUAGCACACUUGUCUGGGAGGAGAUUUGUUGGAAUGGAUCUCAGCUUAGAAACGAUGACUGAAAUGAAAGGAAAUGGGUUUUUAUUUUAAACGGAUUGACUGUCGCUGAGCUAUAUUACAAAGUGAGACGCUGCCAGUGUCUGAGAGAACAGGUGUAGUCAGUCACAUAUGUGAGCCUCUCCUUCUCGGAGUUUUCAAUUCUCACCUGGAUCGGAACCUGUUGAGCCCGGCGACCGUUUUUAACUCCCAAGUUUAGUUUGUGGCAGGAUUAGGAGCUGAUGGAUUGAUGGUGUCUUCACUCUGGCUUAAAAUAAAAGUUCAGGUUUCUUCAUCACAGGAAGCAAAAAGACAAAUCUUUGAUUCAGUCGCACAGGCUCCGUCAGAAGUCAUCAGUCUUCAGGUGGGGUGGCUUUAUCGGACCGUUUCUUUGCCAAGGUUCCAUUAAGAGGUCUGGAGAGGAGCACCAGCUGGAUUAGGUCGUACAGAUACCCUCUAGCAUCACGAUGUUGACUCUACCUUGAAUAAUAUUAGACGGGAUUUUAGACUUAGAUUCCAAAAUUACAAUCUUCUACUCAGCCAGAGAUAGCUAGAGAAAAACAAUCACAUGCCCCGAAAAGUAAAGCUACGGGGGUUUGAGGAGGGAAGCUCACUGGGAUUCACCUUUGCACCUUAAUAACAGGUCUGCUCACCAGACAUCAGCCUGUUUGGCUCUCAUGUUGCCUGAAAUCAACUAAAGGGUUAAAAGAAGAGGUUAAAUGAAGGUUCCAUUCAUUUUCAUGACGUGGUAGGCCAGCGUUUUUAUUUUCUAUUCUUGGUCUUAUUUGAUGAAGCUGCUGAUAUCACACAAAUGCAUGACGACAUUAAGAAGUGUAUUUUGUGUCCUUAUGUGGUCCUGCUGAGGGUUGCUCAGAUUAAAGCUGACUUCCAGGUGAAGCAGAUCUGGCAACUCAAGUGUUGUGCUUCUCUCUCUGGAGUAAGUGGAGACUUUUUCCACCACUAAAGGGGUUAUAUGUUCUUCAGCGUUUACCUGUCUUGUAGUUAAAUAAUUUAAAAAAAUGCAAUAAAGUUAUCAGGAAAUAACAAAGGAACCGAAGAUGAAAUGUACAGUGCUAAUGUUCUGUAUCACCAUCUGGACCCAUGAUUCUAGUGCUGCACUUGAGCUCUUACUUUUCUUUUCGUCCUAGUGUCUGUACUGGUGCGGGGUUGGGAACACUGUCGCUCCCUGCUGUCAGGUUGAGCAUGUUAGAAUGUAAUAAUCUGUGAUCGUCCUAUCAGUUCAUAUGCCAUUUAUUUUUAUUUUUUAAUCCAAUGUUAACAACCUACUUAAAAAAAAAUAAUAAUUCCAAUACCUUUUUUACUACUUCAAGCGCUUGCUACUACAGCAGGUAGCAAGUGAAAGGAACUGUCCAUUCGGUUCUUCCGGUUAUUUUGCUAACAGACUGAAAGACACAAACAAUCACCUGACCAUGGAAAAGUGUGAAAAAAGAAAAAAGUCGGACUACAAUAUUUGUUAAAUAAAAUCUCAAUAUGCGAGGAAACAAGCAGCUUGGUGUAGGUCUGCGCUCUCUGAGUGCUUUCUAGUUGAAAUUACACUGUCGGUCAUUAAUCGCUUACACCAGUGGUUCUGGAAGUGGAGACUGUGAGAUGAUCAGUUGGAGAUAAGCACAUCCCCUACUGUAUAUGUCUUGAAGGUGAAUUUUACAAUUUUACAGCAUUUUCACCUAUAAAUAAUGUGGCCUUUAAAUGAUCGAUACUGAAAAUGUUAUAAUUUAGUCCAAAAAAGUAGAACAUUUGUAUCCUUUCUAUACUCAAGUAUGCUAAAAUGAAGUUUUUGUCCCCGUACAAAGUACUUUUGAGCAAGGAUAGUGAAGCAGACUCUUCAGCCCAUUUGACGUUUCAACAGAAAACCUGUACAAACAGUUUAAUACAGUAUUUAGAGGUGGAUCAAACCUCCCUGCUGCAGUGUGAACAGUCAUCCCACUGUCACUUGCCAAUUUCCCUCGUGACGCCAAGCAGUACCGUCUGCAGCGACUGCAAGAAGACUUACUCAAGACGUCCAGCAAGACAUCGCCAGUGAGUUUUCGCACCUCAAACUCAACAUUUGAAUCAUUCUGUCAGUUAGAAACAGCAGACCGUUUCAUGAAGCAAGUUUAUUCAAUAAAUUGCUAUUCAUUUAUUUGUUCAUUCAUUCAUUUAAGAACUACAGCCCAUAAAAGGAAAACAACCAGGAAGAGGUUAUGGCAUUGCUUGAAUGAUUCCAGUCAGAGUACCAGUCAGAUGAUGAUGCUCAGAAUUUUUUCCUGCUCAUAUGACCAUUUUUAUUGAAAGAUUAGGUCGUAUUUUUAUCGAAUGAAGGUGAUAAAAAAAAUUGUAGACUGUGAUGUUCUUUGAUAUCAAGUCCACAUACAUUCAUUAGCUUCUUUACAGGAACAUGUCUCACUCCAUAUGUUUGUUUUUAUCAUGUGUCGUCGCAGUGACGCCUGAGGUCGUUCUUCUGCAGUAUGUUGUUUGACCUUUGUAUGCACUUCAUAUGUGGGCCUGCCAGAUUGUGCAUACCUGAGGGAAGGGAAGGAGGAAGGCCAUCCGGACGCCCUGGAAGUCAACUGCUGAUGAGGUAAGAGCAGCUUUAUCCAGCAGAAAAUGUGGGAUUUUAAGGUUGCUGUCAAAUACAUCCAUGAUCUUUGGUGACUGAAAACACUGCUGCUGUCCCAACAACCCCAACGAAAGAGAAAUGAUGUAGAUGGGCAUCAGCUGAUGGCUUCAAAGAUCAGGAAAAGAGUUGAAAUGAACGGUUUAGUUCCACCAUGUGGUUCUGAGGGAUGAGAGAAGAUGGAUGAGUCACCAUGUUUGGUGCAUGUGUGAAGGUUACCAGUGGUUUUCAGCCAAAAAAUAAUAAUACACAAAUGGAGACAGCAUGCGGCUUUACGUGAUGUCUGGUGGUUAUUAGUGUACACAUCUUCAUCCUGACAAUAGAGUGAGAUUCUACUCCUUCCUCUUCAAAUGCCUCUUAAAACUGGCAGCCACAUGUACCAUCCCAUUUUAUAAUGGAGUGUCUGUCUUUCAGUCAGAACGAUAAAACCCAGCACUGUCUCUCACUGUACAGAGGAGGGGCGUUAAAUUCUCCCCCGAGGUGGGGAACAGGAAUCCGAGGGAUCGUUCACGAGAGCAGCAGGCAAUGAGAGAAACUAAUCCAAUUACAAGUUGUAGCUUUUGCAUGGAGCUCUGACGGUGAAGACAUAUGCCACCAAGCAAACUGCAAGAAGGGAUUUAUGAAUUCACAUAAAAUCCAAAUCUGUGAACGAUGCCCCCAUGAAGAGGCCGUCAGGGAGGAAUGGAAGAAAAAUCUGCAUGAUGUUAAAAGGAUGCAGAAGACGGAGGAGUCCCAUGCGACAAACAAGUUUUGGAGCGCAUUGGGGGUUUCCUUUUCAGUGGCUGGGGGUUAUGUCUUUCGGCAUUCCAGUUGGGGAAUGAGAUUAUUCCUCACAAGAGCGACAAGACAAAGCUCUCCAUUGGCCAAUGGAUUUCUCCUCUCUCCCGUUAUUACCAGAGGCUGGGUGUCUUGGUCUUCCUCUCUGUCUGGAGAAUCCAGUUGAGGUGACGUGUCUCCUGGAAGCCUCCCUGCUGAGGUGUUCCCAAAGUCCUAGGGAAGCUUCAAGGUCAGUCACCCAGUUAUGCUCCUCUACUGCAAGAGACGUUUGGCCUCUGUCUUAGCGAAAACCUUGAGUCUGUUUCCUAAGCCUUGAAGCACUAAAACAUAAGUGAGGAAGACAAUGGCCGUCACCCUGAUCGAACAGCGUUCCACUCAGCGCUAAGUUCUGAAGCCAGCAUGACAAAGAAAAAUAGGAUGCUGCACUUGUUUUCGUGGGCAGUGCUGCAUAAAGGGAUGGACGCUGUCCGGCAGCGAGGGCAAGGGCAGGGAUAUGCAUAGAGAUGCUAUCUGGUUUUGAAAGAUUUGAAAGGCUAAUCCCUCCACCUCAUGUCUCUUAAGACCUUCUAAUAAUCUAAUGCAUCUGUAAUGAUUUUUUUGUUUGUAGCACACUUUCUCGUGUCUGAUCCUUCACUGAAUAUGAAGCACUAUAAAGCAGCAUGGCAGUGUUGCGACAUGCUGAUUUAUCCGGCCUGUGUUUUCGAUGGUUGCACUGUUCUAUGCUGAUUCUUCAUCAGAAGUUUGAAGGUGUGUUCGUCUUUAUGCAUGAUGGGCUGUGUUUCAUGUUGGAAAUACCAAAGAUCCUGAUGGUGUAUUUUUAUGUUGGUGUUGAAGGACGAUGUAUUGUCAGAAGUGUAGUGGAGCCGUGAGGAAUAUUUGCUUGCACUUUACAUCAGUGAUUUAUUUCGUAUUCCACCAACCGGGGCUUGAGUCACACCUUGAUCCCCACAAUGAAAAGCAAAUAAGAGGUUAGCAACCAAUCACACAGGAAGUGGGGCAUUGGCUUUGAGAGAUUUUCAUUCCAGAGUGUGCCAUCACAUGGAGUUUAAUGGAGUCACAUCAUCGCCUGACAGCAGCUGUGAGCAGAAGUUUUCUCUUCUAUUCCCCUUUGUCCUCUAGAGCAGGGCUCCUUAACCUUUUUGAUCUCGGGGCCCACCUUUCCCAGAACAUGUGGGACUGGGGCCCAUGCCAGAUACCUAAAUAUGCAAAGAUACCUAAAUACCAAUUCUACAUAGUUAAAUCCCACAAUAACAGAUUGAUGGUAUGACAAGGUAGUGCUGUACUUCAAAAACUGUUUGGGGCAAAUGAGAAAAACAGUGUAGUUCGCAGGGAUUUUCAUUCUGUGGAAUUGGAAUAUCACCUUGAGACGAUAACAACCCAACUAUGUUUUUGUUGAUAAAAUAGCAGUGGCACCUCUAAAGUGAAAAUGCUGACAUAUACUUUUAAGCACUUGUGAGAAGCAGGUGUUGAUGUCUUUUAGCUGGGCAGGCACUUCACUUGUGCUCUGCUAAUGACACAAAAGAUACACCAAGGACAUGUUUCAAAUCAUCUCAACUGCCGAACAAUGUAACAGAAAUAUGUCCACAUGCAAGGACGGCGCUACCUUGACACUUUCCGGUCCUUUUGUGUCCUGAUCAUUAAGUGUGAUGCACUUGCUAAGGACCUGUUUGAAAAAAAAAAAAAAAAAAAAGACUCUUCAGGGGGCAGCUUCUGAAAAGGACUCUCAAGUCGUUGUGUACAACAGACUCUGCAUUAGUGUGAUGAAAUCUUGAAAAGCAUGUGCAGAAAGCUUGAAAUGCCUCGCAGCUACCGACAGACGUCUUGCCACUCGUCCAAAUUGUAGGACCGACACUUGAUCGUUUGGAAUCAGAAAUGGCUUAUAUGAAAGGUAGCGGCGGCUGGAUGAUGCCAAUCAUCCCAAAAAUAACGUCUUGUUCAGUGCGUUUGAUGUGAAUGAGGGAUGAGGAAUGAAAAAAACGGGUGCGACAUCCGGAGGCAGAGGACAGUGUUGUACAUUAACCCUCCAGGAGAAACAGCCAAGCGCUAAAAGACUUCAGUAAAUAUUCACUCUGACAGUGAUUUAGAUUUGGCCCCUACUGUUUGUCUUUUACCGUCUAGUCCAACAAAGAGAAGUUCAUCACCAUGACAGCACUAACCAGCUGACCGAUCUGGAGAAUAAUCAAUCAACUACCCCUGUAAUUAUCAGUUGCCGCUCUCGCAGCCUCGACAUCCAUCUCUAAAGGUCAAAAGUAGGAUCUGUAGCAUGUUUGCGCCGCAGAUCUCUUUUUUUCCCCCACCUUCCUCAUCUCACCUAGUGUGCACGCCCCAGCCAUCAACCAUGCGUCGGGACACCUCAGGGUCUAAUGGAGAUGGAAAAACUCCACUUUGCUUUGAGUGUUGUCUUUGAUAUACCUUCGCACGAAGGCUAAGCCACAAAAUUGGUUCGUCCAAGUGAGGGAUUAAUGUCAGCGUUGCUCGUAUAUAACGCGCCGCUCUGACAGACGUUCAGAGAUGUGCCAGCAUGUCACCAGUGGAUAAAGGAAGGGAAGAGCUCCACUCAGGAGUUGCUACUGUUUGUUGUCAGGGACGUUUGGGGAGGGACGCAGGAGCCAACACAGAGGAGAGGCCGCAACAAGAUCUUUAGAUCUGACACUCACUUUAAAUGCAGAAGAUGGUCUAAAUAUAUGGAGUUGGAUAAGUCUGUCCUUUAAAGUGUCAUGUCUGUUUCUGUCCUGCUUUUUAUUUGUGUGAUUUCUGUUUUUCUUCUGUGUUUCCAUUUCCUUGUUUUCCUCCAGCUUUCCGAGCGACACGGCUGGCAUCAGCUAAUCCUGCUUCCCUGGAUAUCAACACCUUGGUGCCAGCUCAUGUCGCCAGAUGGUUACUUCGGGUUCUUACAGUAAACUGUCCUGCGACUCCACUCUCUUGUAUUUUCUCCCUGAAUCUUUCCUAAUUGUGUGCGUGCUUGAUUUCCUUUUCAGCCGCCUCCUUAGUUUUAUUCCUCUCGAUCCGUUUCUGUUUCUCAUUCAUUCUCUAUUUAGAUCGCGGGUGAGUGUUUUAUGAAACUCACUUUUUGUUUUUCUCUCGCUAUUGUCAUUUCCUUGUGUGUGUGGUGUUAUGGGCCGAGUGCGUUUUCGUUGUCCCCCUUACUUAGGCUUGACUUUAUUCGCCUAGUUUCUGUUUCAGGUUUUUUCCCAGCCCUUGUGUGUAUUUCCCGCUCCGUGUUCUGGUGUGGGCGCCCUUGGUUUCUCCGUACCAUGUAUUCCUCGUCUGUGUUAAAUCUAUCCAUCAAUUUAACCUCACUCUCCCGAGUCUUCUGUCAGCCGACAACAACACUGCAACUGGGUCUGACUCCACAGACAGCCAUGACAUAAAGAAAGAAUCAUUGAGGUCAGGAUAUUUAGGGAGAACCUUAGAAACCACAACCUUGGAAUUUGGUAUGUGUGAACAGAGUUGUUCAGUUGCUCGAAGUAAGACAGUAAGGGGUGAUAUGUUAAACAGGGUCAGGAUGUAGAGCAGGCCCUGCCAACACGCGCCUCCGCUUCACCUUGCGUGAAAUUCCAUAUUCGUCUCAGGUGUUCCCUUUGUAAAGGCGUAACAUGGGUAGGGAAGUGCUUCCUUGCAAGCCAGAUUUUCCGUCUUAUAAAAUGACAAAUGAUAAAUGGAAACAGGUAUAGAACAUGAACCUGACAGCUUUUGUGCACAUGGAUUCGCUGUGUUUCCUGCUGAACUGUAGUGAUCUUUCCAACGCACUGUUUCAUAAACAAGUGUCCAGAUUGCUUCCAUCAGCGACCCUCUCACGUCAGCUGCCAUAUCUGGUGUGUGUGUUAGCGCAAUUAUCUUUGUGAUUUAGAUCCCUGGGAUGAAUGUAAUACUUCAUUAAAAACUUGAAAUAGCUACUUAGUGUGGUUUCCACCAUGAUUGCUUUUCCAUUGUGCUCAGCAUCUCACUCUGGUCCACAGUCUCAUCCUCACUACGUGUCAAUAAAGAGCUGCCGUGUUGUUUAAUGUCCAAUUUCACCGUGACGCUGUCCUUGUUGAGGAUGAAAGUGAUUUCCUACGAUCCUACCUGCAUGAUCUGAAAUGCCAUUUUUGUACUAUAGGAUGCGUUUGAAAAACAUUUUUUGGGGCCAUUGUAGGACUUGCAAGUAAUACGCAAACAAACGUGUUGCAGAGACGUAGUUUUUUUUUUGUGUUUACAGUCAAUUUACUGAGUCCACUCCUGUUCAAAUCGGCGAUGGUUCUAUUUUACACUCUCCACACGCCAUCACCGCUAUAAGUUGGAGUGGAUUGUUCAGACCAGGAAUCAGCCAGUGAAGUGCGUCGUGGCUCCUGAAGAAUUUCCGAAUAAAACACUAUUGUGUGUACUUAAACAGAGCAAAGAAAGAGAGAUUGGGCUGAAAUUUGUGGAACUGACAGGUAUCCAUUUUUCCUCUCUAAAAAGAAGGUUUCCAGUACUUAGCCAGAGCUACUUCAGUAAUACCGUAUUUUCCGGACUACAGAGCGCACCGGAAUAUUAGCCGCACCCACCAAAUCUAAGAAGGAAAAUGGAUUUUUUUCAUACAUAAGCCACGCCAGCCUAUAAGCCGCGGGUGCACCGUUGCUGUCUGCGGCACAGAAAAUGCAUGAGAAUCACUUCUAACUAGUUUUGAAAACGGGGUCCAGUGUCGAGACUGACACAUGAAACAAUCUUGCCAAUGUUCUGAACACCAGUCAUGAACUCCUCACAUCUUAUUUACAUUUAAAGUGUUCAGAAAGCACUGUUUUCACCCUCCAGUAGAUCAUCUCUGUUAGCAGAGCUGCGGACACGCGGGCGAAAACAGCGCAAUUUGAGCGCUUUAAAGGUAAAUAAAACGCCGGUAGUGUCAUCGGUUUGAUGUAACGAAGCUCAAUAUUUUUGCCAGCAAAGAGCAUGCUCAUUAGACUGUAAAAACUCAGGAUGCUCCGAGAGACAGGGAGAGCACUCAGCUGAAGCAGCUGUCUUCAACCUCUUUCAUGAAAGUUCUCACUCUGGACGGUUGCAAACGUUUCAGAUUCAGGUGGUGGACCGCGAAAGCUGCAUCUGACACACACAAGACUGCAGCGGAUUCUGCUCAUCUGGCGCGGUGAAAUUAAUGAUUAUUUCUCGGGCAAUAUGCUUCGCGUUCUGAACGUCACGCUCAGACCGGCGAGUGUCGCGAGUGACCGCUGGUUCCUGCAGUUUCACUUUCAUGAGCACCAGAAAACUCUCUGUGCUCCGUCAAGUGCUGGUGUUUUAAAUAUCGUAUUGAAUUGGUGGCGUUAACGCCUUUUAACGUGCAUGUGCUGGAGGAUGCAAACUUGACAUGACAGACUGAAUUGUAGCGAGUGGAGAACAACCACCCUCCUUCUGUUCCCGGUGUGAAUGGAAAACUCCUAUUAGCUGUCAAGGGGCAUCUACCACAAACAACCCUCCUUCUGAACGUUACGCGGGUGUUGAAACAUGUCAGCCUGCAACGGGGAAGGCUAAAAUCUGGAUGCAAAAGUCAAUAUUUGAUUCAGUUGGAGUGAAGAAGUGAAGUGUUUAUCCGACCGUGCACUAAAUCAAUUUAGUUCCUAAGGCGGAUCUCGGAGUAAAAGUAGUUCUUUCCGUGCAAAAGCGCCAUUGGUCCUGAAUCGGUGGACAUGAUGGAACCAGGCAGCCGCGCACCUUCUCUGCCAUCUGUACUGCGGAGUGACACUCAAUAAUCUUUGAAGCCUCCACAGCAAUCAUGGUGCUUCAAAUGUCGCAGGAUGAAAUUGCAACAAUUUCUCGCUAGGAAAUACAAAUGCUACCCACCUGUGAAUUGCCGUAAUUUCCGGACUAUAAGACGCAACUUUUUUUUUUUCUAUUAGCGCAAACCAGAUUAAAUAAGAGGCUUUUUAUUUACCCUUAAAGAACUCAAAAUGCGGCGUCUUCACCCGCGUGUCCACAGCUCCGUCAACAGAGUCGAUCUCCUGGACGAAAACAGCACAUUUUGACGGCUUUAUUGUGAAUAAAAGAUGUUAGACGCUGUCUCGAGACAAAGUGCGUCGGCUCAAAAAUCUGACGUGAACACCAGCGAGUCAGCGUUUGGCCGCUGACUUGAUCCCGGCUGGAGAUCUAUACCUUGUCUACUGUGAGUGCAGCGUGGAUAAAACAAGACGCUCCGUAUUACGCAGCUUGUUUCCGCUAUUUCCUCACUCUCGAUGCUGGACCCUGUUUUCAAAACUAGUUUUGAACCUGCGGCUUAUGGACUGGUGUGGCUUAUGUAUGUACAAGAUCUAUUUUCCUUCUUAAAUUUUGUGGGUUCGGCAAAUAUUCCCAUGUGCUCUGUAUGUAAGAAUCUACUUACUACUCUACUGAAUGUAGCUCUGCCAGAGAAAUGAGAGGAAGGAACGCAGCAUCAGCAGCCUUGCACAGCCAUAAUGACCCGAGUUAUUUCAAGUCCAAGUCUUGUCGUGAUUUAAUUUCUUUCUAAAGUCACUUGCUUUGGCAGUUUACCCCACUGAUUCACCUCACUGUGCCUCUCAAACACGCAUGUAACGAGUGACAAGACAGUAAGAAUGAGUGGCAGUAAGUGGGGAAAAAAGUGAUGUGAAGUGUGGGAGAAACAGACGCUCUCAAUAACAAGAUCUGUCUCCGGCAGAGAGAUGUCACAGACUUUCCUGAUAUGAUGGGAAAACGGCAGCAGCAUUCCACAUUUACUGGCGACCAAAAUCGGCGAGUACUGAAACCUCUUUAUGGAAAAUACGUCUUGAGAUUGUAAUGAAAACCAUUACUGAGAAGUUGUUCCAAUAUGAGUAAGUUUCCUGUGGGUAAAAGUGAGAAUCUCAUUGCAUCAGUGUGACCCCACCACCAGCAUCGCUCAUCCUCCCCCUGGCUACCCAGCCGGUAAUGACUGACAGGCUGGGUCAGUCUCUGAGAUUAACCAUCCAGCAGGAUGUCAGUUAUGGCUGCAAAUGAAUUGUAGCCAACAGUAUGUGGAUGCAGGAGACAGCCUGAGGCAAGAAGCCGCUCUUGUGGCAGCCCUUGUGGGCUUUCUGCACCUCCAAGACUCUCUCCUUGCUUCUGUGCUCGCUUCUGCGAGGGCACCGUGACCCAGGAGACAAACCCGGGAAGCAUUUUAAAACAGAGCAGGUCCACACUGGGUCCCUGUGAAUCCCGGUUAUUGAAAAAAAAACAAAUAUAGACUACAGAAAGUCUCUACACAUGAUCGAGGUAAAUACUAAGAACCCCAGAUCAGCGUUUUAAAAGUGUUGUUGUGUAUAAAGUGACUGAAAUUAUGUGUUUACACAAUGACUUUUGAGGUCUGAAGGGAUUGGGAAUGAAACACUUGAGAGUGUUUUAUUGAUAAAACAAACAAGGAUCAAUAGAUCUUUGCUUUUCACUCUGCAUUUGUGGUCAGAGUGGUUAUGUGAGUUAAGAGUUUUUGGCUUUUCGCUAAAAGAAUCUGGUCAAUUUAAGACCAACAUCCUUAACCCACAUAAUGUGGUCGAUCGAGAUAUGUAUUAAGGUGAACAGAGCAUGAGGAGAACCUCAAGCACAUUUCUCAUUUCUACAUCUGUCACCACGGAGUGGGAGCUGGAUCAGACAAAAAUAGCCGACCGCCGGGGUUCCUGGAUCCUGCUCCAAAAACCCAGUAGCCUAGCGACCUUCCAUUCAAGUGUCUGAAAACUUGUUCAAGGGCACUUUGGGACCAAAAGACGUUUGAUAGCUUGUAUUUCAUAUUUGUGCGGCCGACUCUUUAAACACCAAACUUCAGGUGUUGCAUAGAAUGAAGUAUUUUACUAGUGAAAGCAU